CAUGAAAUCUAAAAUAACUUGAUACCAAAACCCUUGGGAUCAAUGAUCAAUCCUCUCAUUUCCUGAAACCUCCAUAGAAAUCCCUCGCUAUCUUCUCUCUCUAAAUUCUCCACGGCGUGUUUGCAUAUGCUAUGCGUAUGGUGGCAUUCGCUUCCGUACAUGUUUCGGACGCCACGCCUUUCUUCAUUCACAAUCACUUAACUGUUCCUAUUCUCUUCUCUUUUUACUUUGUUUUUAGUGUGAUUUUUUCAUUAAAAAUUUGAUAGGAACUGGUUGUUUGAUCUAUCCUUUUAACACUCUGGAAGCUGAAAUUGAGUUGAUGGAGAGACUGUACAGGAAUUCCGAUAAUUGGUUGGACGAACUUCACAAGCGAGAGACGACUUUAUUCCCGCCCAGGAUUUGCUCUCGCCGCCUUUCGGCUUCACAGGUUCUCCCUCGCUCGAUUAUAUCUAAAUGUGCGCAUAGAUCAGUUCUGUAAUCUCCGUGUACGUACAUGUGUGUUGAUGAGUAAAAUUGAUGGUGGAUUGAAAAGUAAUAUUGAGAUGAAUGAAUUAUACUACUUUUUAGUCUUCUGGUGCUUGAUCACGUUGUGAUGUGUUGAUGAGACUGAUAUAGAGAAUAUGCUUGAAUGCUUUUGGUUUUGGAUUCGAAGCAGGAAGAUUGUGAUGUUUCACUGCGUCGAUUGUAGUAGGUUUGGGUAUUCAGAGUUUGAUUUGUAACUCUUAUCGGUAUUGAAGUUCCUUGCCGACUUAUGCAACUCAGAAGCUGCACAUUUGUGCUGUAAUAUAAGUUGGUCUCUUCAAUUAUUGAAAGCUAAGUGAGCUACACCAGGACGGCCUUAGUAUUCGCCAUAGGAUUGUUAUAUCCUACUUUAGUCCCAUAUAACUGAAGUAUGAGAUUUACUUUGAGUUUAUGGCCUAUUGGGGCACCCUUUGCAUACAAGCUAGGUUUCGGGAUGAGUUAUGCCCAAUGGCGAUAGCAAACAAUUUUGCAUUUAAUUUUGUCGAUGUCUGGUGGUGCUUUUCCAUUUUCAUAGUGUAAGACUCUGGUAAUGAGUAAUCUCAAACCAAAGAUGGCGCUUUUCCAUUUUCAUAGUGUAAGAUUCUGGUAAUGAGUAAUCUCAAACCAAAGAGAAGAUUGAAAAGGGAAACAUACAUUCAAUUUUUAUUUGUGAAAAUUAGAAGUGGAAAGUGAAGAUAAGAUAGAUGUAAAAGUGCCAUUUCUGCUACAUCAGACGCCAAAUAAAAUGAGUGGCCUACUUUCAUCCAAGGAGUAGCAGCCAACAUAUUACCAUUUCUCAAUUUGCGAACAAUACAUGUCAGCCAUUUUUGCUAUUUCCAAGGGAAACCUUACCCUGAAUAUAAAGAAGAUUCAAAAUCUGGUGGGAUCUGCCUAUCUGAUCUUCGUCGCCUUGAACUGGAGACAUCCUACUAUUAAAUAGAGCCUUAUUUAGCAAAGAACAUUGUGAUAAUCAAACAUCUAUAAAGUGCCAUGAUGUGAUGAAUGGCGAUUAGCAUGUGGAAAUCAUCUAACUAAUGUAUUCGAGCGGUUUAAAAUUCUGCUGUUGGAAAUGACGCUACUUGCUUUUUCUAUCAUGAAGGAUAGCUGCAGGAAUUAUAUAUCAGCCCUGAUGACCAGAUUAGCAUGGCACCUGUCACUCACUGUAGUUCGAACAUGCUAUUCGGUUUGGACCAUUUCUUGAUUUAUGUGUGUCAUCCUUGCGCAGGGGUCAUGCAAAUCUUCUCUGUAUCGUUCCAAAUUUAUCUGAAUGUCCCUGAAGGGACAUGCUAUUGGUUUUUCUUCAGAUGAUGACCAGAUACGCUCAGACAAAUUAUCUCACCAAAAUAAUAAGCUUUGUUCCAGACCUCAAUUAGUGUGGUGUGGAAACAGUUAAGCUACAAGAAAUUAAAUUUAAUCAGAUUAUGGAUCUCCAAUAUUCUCAUGAGGCCAAUGUCAGUUUCCUUUUUUCCAAAGGCCACCAUCAUAGGCUAACUAUCCAAAAAGAAAGAGCAAUCUAAAACAGUUCUUCAGCAAUAAUAUGGUAGAGAGAAAUGUUAUGCAGCAGAGAGAAGGGAAGUAGAGGAGAAAUAGAAGAGAGGAACUGAGGUGGUUGCUGCUAAUAGGAAAAUAGGUGUAACCACUAAAGGCUCUGGUUCAACGUCUUGGUUUGUAUGGGAAACUGAAUGGCCAUCAGGGAUGUGUGAAUGCAAUUUCGUUCAACUCUACCGGCGAGCUGCUUGCAUCAGGUUCUGAUGACCAGCAAAUUAUGCUCUGGGACUGGGCAGCACAGAAACUUAAAUUGUCAUAUCAAUCCGGCCACACGGACAACGUUUUUCAGGCAAAGUUUAUGCCGUUUACUGAUGAUAGCAAAAUAAUAUCAUCCGCUGCUGAUUGCCAGGUCAGGCUUAGCCUGAGACAGGAAAAUGGCUCAGUAGAAACUAAGAGAUUGUCUAAGCACCAAGGACGUGUUCACAGCUUGGCUAUUGAGCCAGGCAGUCCAUACAUAUUUUAUAGCUGUGGGGAGGAUGGUUUUAUCCAACACUAUGAUCUACGAAGUCACUCCGCUACCAAGCUUUUCUAUUGCUCUUCAUUCGCAGAAAACAGUCGGUCUUCAAGUGUUGGGCUGAAUGCCAUGGUUAUUGACCCAAGAAAUCCUAACUAUUUUUCUGUAGGAGGUGGUGAUGUUUACGCACGUCUAUAUGACAUCAGAAAAUACCAAGUCAGUGCAUCAACUAAAGAAGGAAACCCUGCCAACUAUUUCUGCCCUCGUCACCUUAUUGGGAAAGACGAUGUUCGCAUUACAGCAUUAGCUUACUCCAACACCAGCGAGCUGCUCGUCUCAUAUAAUGAUGAGCUCAUAUAUCUUUUUCAAAGGAACAUGGGUUUGGGUCAGAAAUUCGUACCUCCAACGUCAGAAGACUCACCUAGCUCGCCAGAAGCACAGGUUUAUUCGGGGCACAGGAACUUCCGAACAGUCAAGGGAGUCAACUUCUUUGGUCCAAAUGAUGAAUAUGUCAUAAGUGGGUCGGAUUGCGGCCAUAUAUUUAUUUGGAAGAAGAAGAGCUGUGAAGUAGUUCGUAUGAUGGUUGGCGACAGGCAAGUUGUGAACCAACUGGAAUCCCAUCCACUGAUCCCAAUUCUUGCUACCUGUGGUAUAGAGAAGAAUGUAAAGCUUUGGUCCCCCUCUUCAGAUGAUAUCACCCCUCUGCCUAACAAUGUUCAAGAGAUAAUGGAAGGUAACAGGCAAGGCCGGGAGGACCAUUCCAGGGUGUCCUUCAGCCCUGAUGUCAUCAUGCAUGUUCUGCGACUCCACCGGAGGCAAGCACAUGUGUAUGUUGAGAGAAGAUACAAUAGAGAAGAUUCGGGAAGCGAUGGGAAUGAUGAUGAUGAUGAUGAUGAGCGGGAGGGUUACCUCUUAGGAUUCUCAGACGGUGAUCCUGCAGAAGAUGGUGAGAACGCCAGAGAAUGUAACAUUAGCUAGACUUUUCUGCUGCACUCAUCAUGUUCCUACUUGUAGUUGAAAUAUUUCCUUGUUAUGUUACAAUAUAGUAAUGCGUGGGGUUUGAAUAA